CGCUGGGUGUGGACGCGCCGCCGCGUAGCGCCGCCGAGCCGAGCCGAGAGCCGAGCCGAGAGCCGAGCGAGCACGCUCUCGCCGCCGCACCGCGCCGCUCGGGCCGGCCGCGCUGUCGAGGAACACACAAUAAAAGAAACCAUCGGGAACAUUGUCACCUUUGAGGUGCAGCACUGCUUGUGCUGAACUGUUGUUGUUGUUGUUCCAGACGAUUUUGUGAAGUGUGAUUGGUGGUUGUCCCCCAGUGAGUGAGUGCGCCGUGUGCUUGUCGGAUACGCCCCUGAUAGCCAUGCACUGUGGGAUGCAGUAGCGGCCGACAGGGUGCCGCCAGGACGCUGAUGCAGCCGCCAAGGUGACGAGGAGCACCGCCAUGUUGGCGUGCGCGCGGCACAGCCCCGUGCAGCCCGCCAUCUUCAAGCGGCGCCCCGGGGGCGGGCCCGGGGGCGGACCCGGUGGUGGUCCCGGGGGCGGUCCGCCGCGCCCAAGACCCCCGGGGGGCGCCGUGGCGGUGGGGCCGCUGGCGCACCCGGGACUCGGCCAGGGCGGCGUCAUCGUCGUCACGUCCAUCGGCGUCAAGGGCGGCAGCGUCACCAGGAUCAAGCGCGUCGAGGGCCCUCCGCCGCCUUCCUCGUGCUCGUCCUCGUCGUGCACCUCGACGGCGUCCUCCACCUCCACUUCGGCGUCCUCCUCGUCCUCGACGUCGGGGUCGUCGUCGCCGGCGGCCUGCCUACCCAAGCCCGGCAGGGCGGUGUCGGUCGCCAAGUCAGCGGAUGAGAAGGUAGCGACCAGGGUGCCGGGCGGCGGGGUGUCGCUGACGCUGGGCGAGCUCCAGGACAUGGCGGCCCGCCAGCAGCAGCAGCUGGAGGUGCAGCACCAGCUGCUGUCCGCUCGCGAGCAGCGCCUGCACUUCCUCAAGCAUGGCCAGGCGCAGGGCUUGCAGGGCGGCCAGCCGGACGGCGAGCGGCUGCGCCGGCUGCGCGAGCGCGUCGAGGCGCAGGAGCAGAAGCUGCGCAAACUGCGGGCGCUGCGCGGCCAGGUGGACGGCAACAAGCUCAGCAACGCCGCACUCAGUGAGUAUUCCUUUUAUUUAUUUUUAUUUUCCCCACACCGCCCACUUUGAAACGUUUCGUACACUACCA